AUGAGUUGGAAAUAUUUACUUGAAAAUCAAUUUGACGAAAACGAAUUAUAAUAAUAUUUUAUCAUUUGUAAGGAUGAUGAAAUAAUUGAAUUAAAAUAAAAUGGAGCUGAUAUUUUAGUAAACAACUAAAACAAAUAAGAAUUUGUUGAUUUAUGUAUCUAAUACUAUAGUGAAAAAAUGAUAUCAAAAUAGCUUGGAUAAAUCUAAACAGCUUUAUAUAAAUAUAUUCCAAAGGAUUAUUUAAAUAUUUUUACAGCUGAAGAAUUUGAAAUGAUUCUUUAUGGUGUAUCUGUUGUAGAUUUAGCUGAGUGGAAAUAGCAUACAACGUACAAAACUCCAUAUGCUGAUACUUCUCAACAAAUACAAUGGUUUUGGAAGAUAUUGUCUGAGUUCGAUCAGGAUUAACUAAAGAAGUUUCUACAUUACUGCACAGGCUCUUAUAGAAUCCCAGUUAAUGGUUUUAGUAAACUUGAGUCCAAUAGAGGAAUGUAUUCAAAAUUUUAGAUAGUUCCCAUUGAUUAUAAAAAUACAAAUUCUUUCCCAAUAGCUCAUACAUGUUUCAACAGACUUGAGCUUCCAAAAUAUACAAGUGAGGAAAUGAUGAGAAAAUAUUUGAGAUCUAUUGUUCUUAAUGAUCUUGAAGGAGUUUUUGGAAUGGAAUGA